AUGAAUGAACUUAAUCUGAAAGACAAGACCAAAGACAUAGACAUAGCAUUGGAUGAGAGCAGUAGUAGUGAUGAGGAAAACGAACCCUUUUAUAAAAGUAGUGAAAAACAAAGCAAUGAUUUAAAUGAAGACAAAUCAGAGUUCGAGAGGAUUCAGGACUCAUUGAACGAGAAGAUCGCGAAACAGGAACGACUGAAUCUGUUGACAAAGUCGUGGCAAAUGAGUGGCGAAAUCUCAUCCGACAAAAGACCUGAAAACAGUCUUCUCGAAGAGCACCUGCACUUCGAUCACACCUCAAGACCGGCGCCACUGAUCACCGAAGAGACCACUUUCAAGUUGGAGGACAUUAUAAAACAGAGAAUUAAAGACAAUUCAUACGAUGAUGUCGUCCGCAAAGUUAAGCCCAAAGAGAAGCCAUUUGAAUACCGCCGAAGACUUACCAUGGAUUCGGAGAAAAGUAAACAAAGUUUGUCUCAAAUAUACGAAAAGGAAUUCUUAAGACAACAGCAGAACGAGAAGGAAGAGAACGAGAACUCAGAGCACAAAGAGAUCAAGAAAUCAUUGCGCAGUCUAUUCGUCCAAUUGGACGCUCUCUCGAGUUUCCACUUCACUCCCCGUCCCGUUCAGCCCGACAUCAAAAUCAUUAACAAUAUGCCGGCCAUUACUGUGGAAGAGGUGACGCCGUUGGCCACCAGUGAGGUGUCGCUCUUAGCCCCGCAGGAGGUCUUCAAUAAUCAGAAGAGAGAAUUGCAGACAAAGUCUGAGAAAUCAAAAACGGAUCGAAAGCGCGACCGAAGAGUGAAAAAGAGUAUUCAAAGCAAAAAAUUCAAACACAAUGAAAGCAAAGAAAAGGCCACCAAAAAGAAAACUAAAGACUCGAACACAUCCUCAGAAGACGUCAAACAUUUAAGUUCUUCGAAAGCAUUCUUCGAUAAAUUACAGGAAAAGACAACUCAAGUAAUCACUAAAAAUAAAUUACAGAAAAACACUUCAACCAAAACACAUAAAAAGUCCAAUGAGUUGAAACUUUAG